UUCCUUCUAAGAGAUGAAGCUAGUGGAGAUGCCCGACGAUUCCUGCUUCAUGAUUGCGAGCAGCCAAGUUGGCGAGCCCCCAAUGUCUACUUCAACUCCAUGCGUCUGGAUUACGGGGUGGCGGCGAGAAAGCAACACUACUGCUGCAUCGUGGACAUGCUGGGGCGAGCGGGAUACCUGCAUGCGGCGGAAGAGCUUGUGCAAACCAUGCCUUUUCUUCCCAACUCGUGGGACUGGACGUCCAUGCUAAGUUCUUCCAGAGGCGAUAGAAUCUGGAAAAACGGUGCUCGAGUGACGAAACGAGCUUUGCUUUCGAGCCCCAGCGAUGGAGCUGUUCUUGUGCUGCUCGCAAACUCACGCUCUUGAUUCUUACUACUUUUUUCGAAACUUUACCUUUAUAAAACGGGUUAUCGAAUUUAGGGUUCAUCGGUCAUAAUGGAGGAAGAAGCUCAAUCGUUCUUCGAUUCGGCCCCGCCUCUCCGAUGCCGCGACGAUGUGGUCGCGAGCGUGAAUCGCUUCUUGGAUAUCUGGAAGGCGGCAUCGGCCAUCGGCCAGACGACGCGCAUUGCCAUUGUUACAUCCGGGGGCACGACCGUGCCCUUGGAGCGACGAUGCGUUAGGGUCAUUGACAAUUUCAGCUCGGGGAGUCGAGGAGCAGCCUCCACAGAGUACUUCCUUGCAAGUGACUAUGCUGUGAUUUUCCUUCAUCGGAGAGGAUCUAUGCAGCCAUUUUGCCGCUCGCUGCCGGAUAAUCCCAUACAAGAAUGUCUCGAACCUGUGGAUGGAUCCAUCCGGGCACGAGAAAAAUGGUUUGAUGCUGUGACUCGGGCAGUCACAGGACAUCAUUCUGCGGUGCUCCAGAAGAAGCUCUUGAAGCUCGAGUUCACUACGCUCUUUGAGUACCUCCAAAUUUUAGAGAUUGUUGGAGCUGCCAUGAAACCAGUUGGCAGGCAUGCUAUGUUUUACUUUGCAGCGGCUGUCUCCGACUUCUACGUCCCCUGGAACUCCAUGAUGGAGCACAAGAUCCAGUCGGAUGACGGCUCGAUGACAAUGCAGCUCGCUCCGGUUCCAAAGAUGCUUGGAUUGUUACGAAAGCAUUGGGCUCCGGAGGCCUUUUGCGUCUCGUUCAAGCUGGAAACGGACGUGGACAUACUCCUCAAGAAAGCACGCUCGUCGCUUUGCAAGUAUGGCAUGCACGCGGUGGUCGCCAACGAGCUCGAAACGAGGAAGAACAAGGUCGUGGUUGUGACGAGAAAAGUAGAGAUGGUUUUGGAAAAGGGUGACUGCUCCGACAUAGAGUUGCCGCUGGUGAAUUGUCUGGUCGCCCAGCAGACCAUGUAUCUCCAGCAGCAACAAGCAUGAAUUUGGCAGCCGCUCGUCCCAUCAAGUCCUCCACAAGCCAAGUCCACUCACUCGCGAGUUCUUCCUUGUCUCAAACACUUCCCGGCUCCCAGGUCUUCCUCUCCAAUCUCCUCAUAUAAAUGUAUGGAAGAUGCGGCCGACGCUCUCUUGGUUUUUGAGGGGUCUUGUU